CGAAGUCAAGUUUUCCCCUCUCAAUGCAAACCUUUUUGGACAACUGUUGGUUAUAUUGGAAACCAAGAACAGCAACAGGACAUUUGCAUCACUAUGGUACUGAAUAGCGGAUCUGGGAGUAACGGUUUGUAUAGUGUAUUUUACCAUAGAAUCUUAAAUUCUAGUCCACAUUUUCACUAUUCCAAACUUGUUCAUGUUUACUUAUUUCAAACGGGAAAAGCCUGUGCGCAUUUCUCCCUGGCAAACAUUCAAAGGAAGAUCAGAGGAUGAAAGUCCUGAAACGUCUCCCUCUUUUAUUGGGGUGUUGGACUCUCUUAUACCUGAAAUUUAUCCCAGUGUCACUAAGCCAUACCGGGACGGCACAGCGCGCAACCGAGAGCCGAGGCAAGGAGCACGCAGGCGGAGCAGGUAAAGAAGCCAACCCGGGAAUCACCUCAACUGCCAGGUCUACGGUAGGAAACUACGGCGUAGCGGGUUGGAAGUCUCCGAGCGCUGCGAGGAUCACGCGCAUUAGGACAGGACCCCCGCUGAUAAAGGGCGAGGCAGCCAAAGCAAAAGCUGUAACAUCAGUGUCAUCACCACACGGCGUAACGGCGAGUAGUGUUAGUGGAACUAUCAAUUUGGGACGCAAGGAGUCUGCGCGCUCUUGGGUACCCGACGGGGAUGCUACCAACGCAGCUGCUGUGCCUGCUCUCAUGGCGUUGAACGUGCAAACACGCAAAGGCGGAGAUACGCUCAGACAGAGUAAAGGAAAGACGUUACCCAGAGUUGCAACAUCAGCACGAACUGGACAGCAUAGAGUCAUUGCUGUGCAAAAAUACAGCGCUCCGUUAGCCCAAAGGAGUGCCAAAGCAACGGGCAAACUGAGCGACAGAGACCUUCCGAAGCACCCAUUGGUGACUCCGCACGACUACAUGUUGUCACUGUAUUGGUCACUAUCCACAGGAGAGGUGAACACCAGCGUGUUGCACGAGGCUGGCAUGGCCAACACCAUCACCAGCUUUGUGGAUAAAGGACAAGAUGACCGUCUUCUCCAGCUGAGAAGACAGAAGUAUAACUUCAACAUCAGUUCCCUGGAGGAGGAGGGGUUACUGGGUGCCGAGCUGCGCAUUCUCAGGAAAAGACUGGCCGACCCACGCAAAGCACUUUCUACUGGCAGAGUUUUUUGCCUGAAGCUUUUCACCUGUGCAGCAGGUAAGCAGAAGGCGACACUGCUCCAAACUCGAACCAUCGAGGACCACAAUACGCCCAAAUGGGAAGUGUUUGACAUUUGGAAACUAUUCAAGAAUUUCCACAACACCGUCCAGCUUUGUUUCGAGCUGGAGGCCUUGGAACGAGGCCGCCCAGUGGACCUCAGGGCAAUGGGUUUCAGUCGUCUGGGCAGGCAGACCAAAGAGAAGGCCUUUUUCCUCGUGUUCGGACGCACCAAGAAACGCGACUUGUUCUACAGCGAGAUCAAAGCCCGGUCGGGCCACGACAACAAGACUGUGUACGAGUACCUGUUCACCCAGCGCCGUAUGCGCCGUGCCCCCACCACCCGUGGCAAGAAACUGGCCAAGAACCCCAAGCCUCGUUGCCACAGGAAGCAGCUACAUGUAAACUUCAAGGAGAUGGGUUGGGAUGAUUGGAUCAUUGCCCCACUGGAGUAUGAGGCCUACCACUGCGACGGGGUGUGCGACUUCCCCAUCCGCUCGCACCUCGAGCCCACCAACCACGCCAUCAUCCAGACGCUCAUGAACUCCAUGGACCCUGACUCGACUCCGCCCACCUGCUGCGUGCCCACUCGCCUCAGCCCGAUCAGCAUCCUCUACAUUGACUCAGCCAAUAACGUGGUUUACAAACAGUACGAGGACAUGGUGGUGGAGUCCUGUGGCUGCAGGUAGCAAUGGACAAAGGAUUCACCUGAGACCUUGGUUUUAUAGUUCAGCCAGAUCCCCUACAAGUCAAUGGGACUGAGUUUUGUUUUUGUAGUAAACAGAUUGGUUAAUAGUUGUUAGGGAAAUAUACUUUGAAAGCAACUGACAUGAAACUAAUAACACAUCACUUCCUGAGACCUUAUUUCAUGAGGUGGUUAAGGAAUAAUAUGUACGUAUCGUCAAUGAUGAUUUGGCAAGAGAUGUGAAACUGUUUCACUACAUUGAUCUUCCCAAUCCAUGCUAUUUUCGCAUCGUAUGAAUUGAUGUAAAUGUUUGACAUGUUUGUGCAUCACUAUGAAAAGCAAUCACUUUACUGGUCACAGUUUGAACACAUUGCUCAUUGUUAGUUUAGGAUCAAGGAAACUAUUUCUUGUAAUCGCAGAUAAUUUAAUGUAUCUCACUGUUAUGUUAAAAGUUGCAUCGCUUUGAACUGCUGUUCCGUGACAUUACUUGUUGGAUACCUUCACACCUAUCUCACUGCCCCUUGUAAAGCACUUGAAACAUUGGAUGAGAACAUCUGCAUGCAUUCCUGUCAAAAUGUCUUGUUUCUCUUGGAGCAAUAUGAUGUAGCCUGACCAUUUCCUUUAAUUGAAAUGGCAAUACCAUUGGCAUGUGCACAUCUCAAACUGAACUGGUGGGGUUUGGGAAAGGUCAUAAAUGGUUUGUUGCACACAAAUAAUAUCUAACAGCUUACAAAUCCCAUUGAAGAAUUAAAAGCCCAUUGAUGAAAUGUCAAAGAUACCUUGAAUUUAAGACAUGUAAGGCAUUGUCACCUUCCACCGAGUUGUUUGUAUUCAUACAGUGCAUUGAAAGUAUAUUUUGAUACAGAUACACAAUUACAGUACUUUUAAAAUAUCUGUCCACUGUUCCAGAUUUCUAUGAAAUAUUUACCAAAAAUGAAUUACAAUAUAUAUUUAAUAGAAGGAUGUUAAAAAUCUGCCUUUCUCUGUGCUCCUGUUUGGCCUUAGUAUAAACAGAUUGGUUUGGACGUAUUCCGCUUAAAAAAAGCUGAUUUGCCAGCUCAGCCAAUGAGACGCUCAUAGACUUGGAUAUUCAAAUUAGCUACCAACUCCACCUGGGGCAGGACUGCAUGCACUGCCUAGCAGUCUUGCCUUUAAUUCUUUCAUCUUUUUUUUUUACCGAAGGCAUGCUGCCUGUAGUCAAAUAGUAGGCUUUGGAUGUAUUCAGGAUUUUAAACACACGAUGGAACUACUACACUUUACUAUAACAGCAAACUCACGUAAACUCGUACAUCGCCUUGGUCCGUACAAUUGCCCUUAUUUUUGCGCCCCAAAAAUGUAAAACUUCCAAAUCAACUUUAAUGUCAAUACCAUUGUAAAGCACAAUUUCUCCCAUUUUCACAGAAUCCAUUACAUGACCUAAACACUGCCCGUUUCUGCAUAAUUCAAGCAAGCAAUGAGCCCUGUCGGAUCUUUUUAAAAAUGGCGGGUGGGGAAGUGAAACGAAUGCGUGAUAGUGAGAAGGAGAGAUGUCAUGUGGGAAAAUUACUUUUUCCCCACUCGAUCUGUCCAACUUAUCACAUUAUCGCCUCUAAAAUGUAAAUAAAACACUACAAAGAGUUUAUCUAAUGUGUCAUUCCAUACCUAUUUGAAGGUUUGUGUCGAAUUUGAAUCGGGUUUUUAGGGCGGUGCUAAAGUGAUCUUAGAAGUAAACAGCGGCUUUGAGAAUGAUGAUCGCAUGCAAUGAUGACGCAAAAAAUGACUAGGUAUCCCCCUUACCCCCAUCACUGUCCAUUUCUUGAUUUUAAACGGUGAGAGAAGUGCUACACCUGGUGGAGAGAGAUUGUAAGACAGAAAUAGUUGCUUUAGACGUGCUGUACGUUACGACAUGACACGCCACGAUGUAACAGAGGGUCCGUUUUUAAAACUUUUCUCCAAUACUAUAGAACCAUUACCAUGUCGAUCAACGCUUGAAUAGUUCCUAGUUCACACCCCCGAUUUUGAAGUCAACACAGUCGCUACAGUUCCAUUAGUUUUCUUUGUAGCCUUGUUUGAAUGUUGCGGUUGUGCACAUUUGAACGGAAUGGGGUGAGUUUACUAGCUAGACAACAAGUCGUGAUUGGUAGGAGCUCAGCCAGCUAGGUAAAUAACUGCUGCUACAUAUAUUAGUCAACAACAGCUAACUAGCUUUCCUCUUGACAUCCAACUUUUAGUUAUAAACCACAAAAUGUCAAAUAGAAGUGAAUGGUGAGAUGGUUAUUGUGUGGAGGAUCUGCUUUGGCUUGGUUUAGUAUUGGCUAGCCAUCUAGCUAAUCUAUCCUCGAUAGCUAACGUUAGCAUGCUAGCUUACUGCUUCAAAAUAGCCAGCAGGCCAAAUAUUACAAACCACAUAAUUUGAAAUAGAAGUGACUGGCGAGAUUGUUGUUGUAUAGGCUUUAUCCUUUUUGCUAACACUAGCUGUGGAUUGUUUGGCUUGCUAGCUAGCGUGUGUGCCCUCCUGAGCAUGUGUCACCCCUUGUCUCCUUCUCCCCACCAGAUCAUUUUUGGGGGUGGGGGUAGGAAAAAGCUGCUGGACCAAUCACAAUUGAGCCUGUCCCUGCCAAGGAUGUCGUCCUUCUCCAAGCAUCUUUUAAAAUGGUUUGUUUCAAAAACACGUUUGAGAUGGUGUUUUACCGAGUGGGUUUUCUAUAAUUUAUGCGUUGGCCACGACUACAAGUAAAGGAUGAGUCAACAACAUUAUUUGGGUAUGACCAAACAUAAUAUGAGCUUUUAAAAAUGUCCACUGGACAGUUUCUUUUAAGAUGUACACUUUAAAUAGAUAAAAAUAUAUAUAUUAUUCUGAUUUUGAAUGAAAUGAUCCCAUGUUUGUAAAUAAAUGUAGAUCAUGACUUUUGGUGGGAAUGUUUGUUUGCAACUGAAAUUCAUUGUGAAUGAAAUACAUUUCUUUGAAGUUGCCUUUGUUAAGUGUUUACAUCAACACACCAAGCUUAGCCUACAAAUAAGGAUGCAAUGAUGCAAAUUUCUAGAUUGCAAUUGUAUUCCAGCAGCAGUUAAACACUAAGGUUGUUUUGGGCACCUGAAAUAAUGUCCCUUCACAGCUCGGGUCUGAAAUCACAUUUCAAUAACAUUGGAGCCAGGAAUGGAAUAUGGAGCCUGGAAUGGAAUAUGCAAGUGACUGAUCUAAAGCUUAUAUUAUACAUUGACAGGAUUCUCGUGACUUAAUGUAUGAGAGUU